ACUACCCAAACUUUUCGAUGGCCUUAGGAAGAAAGAAAUGCUAAAUUAAGGGGACGUUUCUCAAAUAUUCUGAAGUUUUGGGUGCCAAAAAAUACCGUCGGCCGUUGCAGAGAGAGAGAAUGGAAUGGAGCGCUGGAUACCAUAGUCGUCACCCUACAGAUUCUGUAAAAUUUCCCAACUGGCUCCGUCUUUGGCAUCUGACUCCCUUCAUUUCUCUGUAAGUUCUGAUCUUUCCCCGCCUUCAAUUUUCUCUCAAAUUCAUCCAUCAGUUCCAAGCAUGAUGCUCAAAGAGAGUAAAAAUUCCGCCGGCGAAUCUGAAAGACAAUACAGAAAGCAUAAUAGUACUAUUGAUUAUUCUGAUGAAAAGAGUGAUAAGAAAAACCCUGAAACGCGUCCAGAAAAGGGUUUAGAUUUUCUCCGGAAGUCAACCUCAGAAAUGAGAAUGAGAAUCGCCUAUGAAGGCUGUUCUUCUGGUGCCGAUGUUUCUCAGUCCAAGAGGACUGGGUCUUCUGGUUAUCAGGAGCUCACUCUGAGCUACUUAUGCGAAAAUUCCAAACUUGGAUUUUUAAAUAGAGACGCGCCCUGUAAGAAAAUGGGAAAUAAUAAGGGUAAAGAAAUUGUUGUUGCUGAGGAUCAAACCGAUGAGGGUAACAGAUGGGUAGAGAGAGAUUUUCUCCAGAUGAAUGAGAACAGAGGAAAUUCCGCUAAGAGGGAGGUUGAGGAUGAGGAAAUUGAGGCAGGAAAUAGUGAAAAGAAGCCAAAGAUUGAAACUUUGAACCUUUCUCUGGCCUUACCUGAUGUUUCACUCUCCGUGGCCGGGUCAAACCGAAUCCCAAAUGGAUAUCUCCCUUCACUACUGAGGUCUAGCAGGAGCAUGCAUGAACAGCCAUCACAUAACAACAAUACCCAGACUCCAUAUUCGAAUGAUUUCACAGCUGUAUCACUGUCGUACUCGUAUUCGCACCCGAUUUCGCACAACCCCAGUUGCUCUCUUACUCGAAACUCAACAGAGAAUUACGAGUGUUCGAUGGGUAGUCAUAGGAGGGAGAGUGACCACAUUUGGAAUUGUGGGGAGGGUACUAAUGGGUCAGUUCAUAGCCGUUUUAGACCGAUUGGAGACGCUGGUGUGGUAUUGUCGAAUCACGGGAGUGGAAUUUUUGCCUUUGGGAGUGGUGUUGGUAUGGCGAAUAAGGAUACUUGUAAUAGCAGCUUCUACAUGACUACAAAAUCAGACAACAACUCGUUUUUCCCAUCUGAGUUGCCCGCGAGGCCUAGGAUGGAUGGUCAAUCAGGUGAUGAUUCAAGGGUAAAAGAUUCAGAAGGUUUCGAGGGGAUAGACAAGGGAAGAGUAGUUCAUAAGCUGUCCAGCCCUGAGAGGAUCCUUAUAGAGAUUGUGUCAGAGGCUUUACCUGUAAUGGCUCAGGUAAUUCAAGAGCUUCCUGACGAAACGGUUGAAUCAACAAAGGAAUAUUUGAACAGCCUCAUUACCACACCAGAUAGGAAAAAUGAACUGUUGGGCUUGCAAAACCGGCUUGAGAGGAGAUCGGACCUUACAAAUGGGUCUCUCUUGAAAUGUCACAAGAAUCAACUUGAGAUUUUGGUUGCCCUUAAAAUGGGUCUUGGAAGCUUUUUAUCAAGCAAAAUCAAUCUAUCCACCGCAGAACUAGUAGAAAUCUUUUCACUCGAAAGGUGUCGAAACAUAAAUUGCAAGAGACCGUUACCUGUUGAGGACUGUGAUUGUAAGAUUUGUUCUUCCAAGAGAGGGUUCUGCAGUGAAUGCAUGUGUCCCGUGUGUUUCAAUUUUGACUGUGCCAGCAAUACUUGCAGUUGGGUUGGGUGUGAUGCAUGCGCACACUGGUGCCAUGCAGUUUGUGGCAUCCAAAAAAACCUCAUAAAACCGGGCCCACGCUAUGAUGGGCCCUCUGCGACAACUGAGAUGCAAUUUUACUGUCCUGGCUGUGGUCAUGCUUCAGAAAUGUUUGGGUUUGUUAAGGACGUGUUCAAGUCUUGUGCAAAGGAUUGGGGGGAGGAAACCCUUAUGAAAGAGCUUGAAUGCGUUCAGAAAAUCUUUCAGGGGAGCGAAGAUUUUAGAGGCAAGGAACUGCAUGCUAAGGCCGAAGAGUUACUAGUUAAGCUUGGGAAAAAGACUAUGUCUCCUUCAGAUGUUUGCAGUGUCAUUUUCCAGUUCUUUGACUACACAGAUGGCCUGAAAAACAAUGUCGGCCUUCCUUCCUCCAUUGCUCAGAAAUCAUCCUUAACGUACAACCAUUAUAAUAAUGAUAAACAAACAAAGCCUCCUCCUGGAUUCAUGAACAACAAUGACCAAAUGGUUAGAGACGAAUGGUCUGUGAAGACGCCGAAAAAAGGUGCAGGAGGAGGAGGAGGACUUGACUGCUUGGAAAGUGUGGUGCGCAUUAAAGAGGCAGAGGCAAUGAUGUUUGAGAAGAAGGCAGACGAAGCACGGAGGGAGGCAGAGAGCAUCAGGAGGAUGGCUGUGUUUCAGAGUGGGAAGGUGGAAGAAGAGUACGCGGAGAAGAUGACCGGUUUGUGCGUGCUGGAAACUGAGAAACGGAGGAGGGAUAAACUGGAGGAGCUUAAGAUGCUGGAGAAAUCACACUGUGAUUACUACAAGAUGAAGAUCAGGAUGCAGAGUGAGAUUGCUGGCUUGCUCAAGAGAAUGGAGGCUACCAAACAUCAACUUUUGGUCUAAAACAUCCUGAUUACUCUUCUCUUUUUUAUAGCAUAAUUUCUUUUCAGCACAUUUUUUUUACUCCUAGCUACCCCUUGCUGAGUCUAAUAUGAUCCAAGUUGUUUUUAACUUUUGUUAAUUUAUGUAGUUUUUGAUAUUUUCUUACAGUUUCUCUCUGUAACU